CUAUCGGUAUUCAUCGCUUAAAACGUAAACAAAAAUUUGCCGGCGCUAUUUAUUAUUGUUAAAAGUUAAGAGAAAAGUUGAAAUGCCGAACUGGAAUCAAAUACAGUCGCAGCUUCGCAGCUCCAACAACCCCGUCGUGUUCUUCGACAUAGCAGUGGGCACAACGGAGAUAGGCCGGAUGAUAUUCGAACUGUUUGCGGACACGGUGCCGCGCACCGCAGAAAACUUUCGGCAAUUUUGCACAGGAGAGUACCGGCCGGAUGGCGUGCCAAUUGGCUACAAAGGCGCCAGCUUCCAUCGGGUGAUCAAGGAUUUUAUGAUACAGGGCGGUGACUUUGUGCAGGGCGACGGCACCGGCGUGACUAGUAUUUACGGCAACACAUUCGGGGACGAGAACUUCACCCUGAAGCACGACUCGCCCGGACUGCUGUCCAUGGCGAACAGUGGCAAGGAGACAAACGGCUGCCAAUUCUUUAUCACGUGCGCCAAGUGCAACUUCCUGGACGGAAAGCACGUAGUCUUCGGCCGUGUCCUGGACGGCCUGCUGAUCAUGCGAAAGAUCGAAAACGUGCCCACGGGACCCAACAACAAGCCCAAGCUGCCGGUGACGAUUUCGCAGUGCGGGCAAAUGUAG